UCGAUCGAGUCUUCCCUCGGCAUGGCCAUGGUGUACACCGUGGCCAGCGCCGUGCAGGAGCUGCUCAAGGAGAACAACCAGAGGCAGCUGUCGAUGCACGAGGAGAUGCUGCUGCGGCAGAAGCAGGAGGCGGGGGGCGCCGAGGAGGGCGAGGACGACGAGGGCGAGGAG